AUGGAUAAUAUUCCGAGUGAGGUGGUAUUCUCAACGGGGCCAUUGCCAUCCGAAUCGGUGGUGUUUGAGUAUACCAAUGGUCCCCUCAAGAUAUCUCCACCAAAGAGGAGAGGGCGUCCCGCAGGAUCGAGAAAGAAGAAGCAACACCUUGAGGGGUCCCGGCGUCGCCCCGCCGCCGCUUCCAACUUUAAGUUCAUCAACCUCGGGCCCACGUUGGCCCCAAUUGAUGAAGAAGAGCGCACCACCAUCAGAAGCCACACAAUGAUUAACCGUAGUCGUCAGGAUCAGAGGAAAGCCGAGAUUACUCCUGGCGUUACUAGCCUCGAGCUGUCUCGCCUGACCCACAUCCACAUUCCACAUGCAUAUCCGCAGAAGAACCAGACUGAUCCUUUCGACACGCUGCCUAUUACCAUGGAGCCAUACAUGCUCGAUCUCUUUGCGUUUUACGAAUAUUGGGUUCCAAUGCUGUUUCAAGAUUCAGCAAUGCUCCAUGUCGUACUGGCGUGUGGAUCAUUGUUUACAAUGGACUUGCAACGCUUUCGAGCAAGCCCGGCUUUUAUAUGGCAUAUCAGUCGAGCUAUGAGCAUUGUUCGAAAGAGACUCGUAAAUUCGGUGGAUCCGCCUUCGGAUGAAACAAUUGUUGCUGUUGCCAGCAUUGCUAUUGCAAAAAAAGCAGCGGGCCAGCAUGAUCAAUGGGAAGUUGACAUGAGGAUCCUGAAAGCGUUAAUUGACAUGCGAGGAGGUUUAGACGCACUGAACGACAAGCCCAUGGUACAAGGAAAAAUAUACAGGGCCGAUAUCAGUGGAUCCUUAGAUGGUGGACGAAAGCCCAUUUUUAGUGAUCGGUUCCAACAAUCCCCAAUCCCGAAUCCUCACGACUACCAUUUAGCACAAGGUUUCCAAGAGCUGGAUCGCCUGCUGCACAUAGAUAGUGCACUGAAAGCAGUGAUCCAUGAUAUGGAAUCCUUAGUCGAGGAGUUCUCCAGUAUUACAAAGAGUAGCGGCCAAACCGUCGUUGCGAGGAUCCGGUUCUGGCUGACGUCAAUCCAGUAUGCACUUCUUUCAAUGCAAUAUGGAGACGAUUGUCCCAGAACGCAAGCCCAGGAGGUCUGUCGACUGAGCCUCUUAUUACUGAUGAACGCGGUGUUUCAUGAGUCUCCUCCUGGUGCAUCGACUAGCGAUGUGCUUAUCUCACAGCUGCGGCAGUUCCUGGAGAAUGCUGAAGUAUUAUACUGGCUUCCGCCCACCUUUCAUCUUUGGACCCUGUACCUUGCUGCUUGCAAUGUUGCAUCUCCCACAAUAAGAGCUUGGUCGAUUGAAGCUAUCGCAGAACUGGUGCUGCAAAUAGGCAUAUCAGAUGAAGAAGAGUUUAGUCAGCAACUCACGUUGUUCCCAUUUGACCCGCUUACACUUCAUGUUACCUGUCCAACCAUAUGGGAUGAUGUACAAUAUUUCGUUCAGACUCAGACAGCGCGUCCAUAA